AACUCCCUGAUGCGCAUGCGCGGUCGUAGCUUGCCUCAUAUUGAGACGCGACACGGUUUGAUUACUUUCGCUUUAACCCUGUUUUGCUUAAAAAGACUGCCAAAAUGAACGCGGCAGUGGUUAAAAAGACACAAGACACCCUCGGAAAAGUGAUAAAGAAACCCCCUUUGACGGAAAAACUGCUUAGCAAACCACCAUUUCGAUACCUGCACGACAUCUUCAGUGAGAUCAUCAAAACCACCGGCUUUAUGAGGGAGCUGUACAAAGAGAGUGAGUUAAAGUCUGAUAAUGUUAAGGACAAAGAGAGUAAGAUGGCCUUCCUUCAGAAAGCGAUUGAUGUUGUAGCGUUGGUUAGUGGAGAGCCGCUUGCAGCAAAGCCAGCAAGGAUUGUGGCCGGUCAUGAGCCUGAGAAGACCAACGAGCUGCUGCAGGCUAUUGCCAAGUGCUGCCUUAACAAGAUGUCCAGUGAGGAGGCAGUGAAACGAGUGCUUUCUGGAGAGAAGGUGGACUUAAAGACCAAGGCCAGCACAUCCAAGUCCCAGGAUAAAGAGAAUCGAGCUAGACGUGAACAGCAGUCAUCUGAAAGAGAGGAGAAGAAGAUUGAGCGCAGUAGGAGCAGAGACGAUAAGGACUCGGACAAGCCCCCAGAGCAAGAGAGACAACUUAAAGAUGGGGAGCGAGAUCACCGCCACAAAAAAGAGCGUUCUGGCAAAAACCACCACCGUGAACAAGACCAUGCCAAAGAUGCUGAAAAAGACAAAAGCCGUGACCGAGGAAAAGACAAAGGAAGGGGAAAAGACCAAGAGCAGGACUUAGAUCUCAGAAGAGAGAAAGACAAGAGCAGAGAUGGAGAGAGAAUCAAAGAAAGAGAUUCCCAAAGAGACCAUGAAAAAAACAAGGACAAACUACGAGGAAGAGACAAGAACAAUGAAAGACGCAAAGAAGGGGAAGACAAGACUAGGAGUAAAGACAGACACCAUGCAAAUAGCAAGGAUAGAUUAUCAGAACUUCAACCCAAAAAUGUUGACGACGAUCCCAGGAAAACGGUAACAGCUGAUCCGGUGCCAGCUGACGAGCCUGCAGAGAAAGUUGAAAACCAGUCUGAAAGUCCAGCACGAAUACCCAGACCGUCGUCCGCCAAAGGACAAAGAAGGAAACCUAGAAUUGACGGACAAGAUGCAUCCGACAGUGAAGGAGACGCAGACACUAAGGUGGCGCAGGGUCCUGUCCCCAAGGAAAGUGGCGAUGCAGGUUCCUCAUUUUCAUCUGAAAUGGCCUCCAGCAGUAAGCGAAUGGCGCGCCCCAGCAGCGCUCGUCCUGCUCCUCCUCCAGUUAAGAAACAGGACGGUCUUACUGAGGCAGUGCCGGCUGAAAGGGUUCCUAGUGCCAAGUUGUCAGUAAUCCGAGAUGUGAAGAAGCAAUCUGACGAUGAAGAGGAAGAUGAGCAGUUUCUUGUGGCAGAGGCUGCUCCUGAGCCUGAUAAGGAGUUGGGCCCUGCACAAGACCCUAAUGUUGAAGAAAAACAUGGUGGACUUGUGAAAAAGAUUCUCGAUACCAAAAGGGACUACGAGUCAAUCCCAUCCUCCAAAAAAUCUAAAGAGCAGUCGGUGUCAGAAGAAGAGCGGAAGAAAGAGCAGGACUUGGUAACACGAGAGAUCGAGCGUCUUCGGGCGUCCAUCCAGUCGGUGUGUCAGAGUGCGCUGCCUUUGGGCAAGAUAAUGGACUAUGUCCAGGAGGAUAUAGAUGCAAUGCAAGCAGAACUGCAAAGCUGGCGAAAGGAGAACAAGGAACAUGCACAAGCUUUGCAGCAGGAACAGAGAGCCACCGACAGAGCGUUAGAACCUCUUAAAGCGGAACUUUAUGAACUGGACCAGAUGAUCAAGGAUUACCAGGACAAGAUUUGUACUGUGAGGUCCAACAUACUGAGGAAUGAAGAGAAGAUCCAAAAGAAGUUGGCAGGAAUCAUCUCAUCUUGAAGUCAGAAACUACCAUCUAAUACCUGUAACAAAACUUUUUAGAUAUAUUUCAAUGAACAUGUGGGCCUAGAUGGAAGACUUUGAUCUGCACUGCACCACCAUUUUACAAUUUUUGAGCCUUUACUUUGAAAAGCAGCCACAGUAGUAAGACACCAAAUGGUCACAACAAACAUUUUUUUAAUUAUCCUUUUUUUUUGUGUUAGUUUUUUCCAUUUUCGACCAUAUCUUUGACUCCGCGUCCGUACAUGAAUUUGGUUAGUUCUCAGCCUUACAGAAUGCGUUAUUAUUAUUAUUAUUAUUUUCAGUAACUCAUAACAACAUAUUUUAGCAGGCGAUGCUAUUAGAAAGUAUUUAACUGAGCUCAAUACUAACAGUACAGGCCAAAAGUUUGGACGCACCUUCUCCUCCUUCAAUGUGUUUUCUUUAUUUUCAUGACUAUUUACAUUGUAGAUUGUCACUGAAGGCAUCAAAACUAUGAAUGAGCACAUGUGGAGUUAUGUACUUAACAAAAAAAGGUGAAAUAACUGAGAACGUUUUUUAUAUUCUAUUUUCUUCUAUAUAGCCACCCUUGGCUCUGACUACUGCUUUGCACACUCUUGGCAUUCUCUGGAUGAGCUUCAAGAGGUACUCAACUGAAAUGGUUUUCACUUCACAGGUCAUAGUUUUGAUGCCUUCAGUGACAAUUUACAAUGUAAAUAGGCAUGAAAAUAAAGAAUGCAUUGAAAUGAGAAGUUGUGUCCAAUCUUUUGUCCUGUACUGUACAUAGUACAAUACCGGAGGUCACAAUAUGUUAGAGCUGUUUUGUACAGUAGUUUUAAGAGCAAUGGCAUUUAAACAUCAGGGAAUUUGUUGCUGGAAUAAUUGGCUAAUAGUUGAUAGUUAAAAAGGGUUUAUCUACCCAACACAAUUGAUAAUUUGAUACUCAUGUCAAGUGUACCCACGCAAUUUAACUACUGAAAUUAAAUUUGCUUAAUUUGUCACGGUGCACUUUGCAAAAAGAGAAGGGCAACACCGUCAGAUUUUUCAAAAGUCUCCACUAGAUUUGUGGCUAUUGUCAGUUAAAAAAAUUAUAUAUACAGAAGUGCUCAGUUGACAAUACUGGUCACUCCUGCUCUGUCUUCUUAUUCUCUGGCUGACGUGGUGCGUUAUAAUGUGCUAAUGAUCCAAUUCGAUUCGGAUUUACUGGAUUGUUUCUUCAUCAAACGUCUUGCGUACUGUAAAAUCGCAAAAACAGGUUUUUGCUGUGGAGCUCAUUUCUUUUUCUUGUUUUGUGUGUCUUCUGAUGUUUACAGUUUUCCCCGGGUAUGAGGUAUUUGGAAUAUGAGUAAGCAACCGACAACGAUGGGUUCUACAGUUAGAAUAAUACUGCAUUUAGUACUGCAACAUGGAUUCUUUUUACAAAUAUUCAAUGUAUUUAGUGAGAUUUUUUCCACCAACUUCUCUUUUUACAGCUAUAACUAAUUUGCUCAACAUGUAGUUUUUCUUUUUCUGAGAGUAUUUGCAAUAAGAUGUCUUUUAAAGCAAUAGUUUACUAAUAAUCAGUUCGAGUUAGACGUUUGGUUGGCGCAGUGCUUCUCAAUUAUUUUCUAUUACGACCCCUUCUAGAAAGAACAAAAUUAUUUCGCAGCCCCUCCCAAUGUAUGUUGCGACUAUAAAUAGUGUCAUUUGUCUAUAACAUUGUUAUGAGUACACCUCUGCAUAACAUUGUAUCCCAACAUUAAAGAAAAUAGACUAAAUACAUAUAGAUGCACUUAUUACAGACAAUAACUUUAUUAACAUGUUUUUCAAGUCUAACAGAAAAUAUUUAAAGUGCAUCAAUUUGCCUAAAAAAAAAAAUCGAAAAAACUCCAUAAACUAAGCCAAAAAUUAUGACCCACAAUAAACUUAUGGAUACUGAAAAAUACAAUGAAAUAAAUUCCGGAAAUAAUAAUAAAUUAAAAUUAAUGAGCGACAUUAACUCGGAAGCACAACGUAAGAAAAACAAUUUGUGCUGAUUUUUUAAAUGUAUUUCAAUUCAAAUGAUUACGUUUGGAUAAAUGGCCUCAAUGAGCCGAUGGUGCAGUGCACAGCUUUUUGAAGCAAAAAUGACUCUGUGAACAUGAGCUCAACUUGACUUCACUGUUUAGUGUACUGUACGUAGUAAUGUGAACUGUAUAUACACAUAUAUAUAAUGUUUUAAGUACUAUCAGGUUAUCUCCAAGUAAUACUAUUUUAAAUAAGGCAGUCCCGACCCGAUAUUGAUAUCGGCUAUCCUUUUGUCCUCAAACUUCUAUACACAUCAGCCCAUAAUGACAACGUUAAAAGUUUUUAUUUUUUUAUUUUGGCAAAUAUAAAAAAAAAACAAAAAAACAUGUUCAUAAAAAUAAACAGCCUUUGCUCAACACAUGUGAUUUUUUUUUUUUUAGCUUUUUAUUUAAUAAUUUUGUAAAACCUGAACAAAAAACACAUUGUCAUUAUGACUGGCUUAACUAUUAAGAGAAGUGUUGUGUUUAUUUGUGUAUAUGUUGUUACAAUCACAGAAUCAGAACAGGAAGUGAACAAAUACGUUGGUAAUUGCUAUGAUUUGGAAAUUAAUUAAUUAAAUUUAAAUAAACAUAUGUCAUUAUUAUAUAAUGUAUCACGCUGUAUCUGUUUACAUGUUCGAAAUGAAUUAAAACCACAACCAUUACGGGGUAUUGUGUGUAGCACUUUGAGGACAAAAUUGAAUUUAGGCUGUGUAUUUUUUCCGGAUGUACUGCAAACAUCCUCUAAUAAUCGUUCAAAGUUGGUCUUUUCUUGUAUUUUAAUGAUGUCAUUUACAAAAGGUGAACAUGAUAAGCUAUCAGGCUGCUAGCAGCUACACAACAGCUAAGCACACUGAACAAAAUUGCCGUAAAACAUUUGUCAACAUAAGCAGGUAAAAAAUAAUUAUAGUUGAAUAUUGCUUACCGAUAGUCUCCAAAGCAAAACCGUAUUUAAAAGUAUCCAGUAACAAACGUGUCUGCAUCAUUCAUCUUACUGAAUAAGUAACAAGUUAGUGUUUUUCAUCCCUAACAUUGUUUACUCAGUAAUUUCAUUUCAUCAAACAUUUUAUUAUAUUCCACACUACAAAAUAAUGAAUGUAUGUAUGAUUUGUGCUAUCGUAUAGGAUCAAUAUCUGUAGCGGUAUGUCAAAGGAUGUGAUUUCUUCUCUGUCUUCUCUACAUUUCUUUUGUGCUUAGAUAUAUUUUUGCUAUUGCAUCCCAGUAACAAACAUGGAAAAUGAAAUCUACUUUGUUUGUAAAGGCAUAAGUUACUGCUCUCAGACUUUGAAUUACCACUUUUAUGCCGUGUGGCCAAAAACAAACUGAUCAGGUUACUUCUGUCUGUAAAACGUAUGUUGUAUGUUAUUCUCUUGUAUAGUUUCAGUGUAUUCCACUAGCACAAAGUCUGUGUGUAACAAGAAAAAAUACAUUUUUGAUGCUAUCUCAUGGAAAUAACGUGUUUGUAGAAGAGUUCAGUGGCUUACACGUUACAUUGUGUGCAAUGAAUUUACAUAUUUGUAUUAUAAUGUACAUGUGGAUAUUGUAUUAUAGGUCAUAGAAUUCUAUGUUUUGUAGUAAAGUUAAAUAAAGCCCGAUAAGAAAUA